GCCAUAUUGUAAACAAACCUGCGGCGAGGAGAGGAAAGGCGGAGGGUGUCACAAGCCCUCACAUUUUUGCUUAUUUCUCGUUUAUUACCGUGAAGUGAGACCCAACAACCGCCAAGAUGCCUCGCGUGAUGAUCAAGGGAGGCGUGUGGCGCAACACAGAGGACGAGAUCUUGAAGGCCGCGGUGAUGAAAUAUGGCAAAAACCAGUGGUCCAGGAUCGCGUCACUGCUUCACCGCAAGUCCGCCAAGCAGUGUAAGGCCCGGUGGUUUGAGUGGCUUGACCCGAGCAUCAAGAAAACCGAGUGGAGCAGGGAGGAGGAUGAAAAAUUACUCCACUUAGCUAAACUGAUGCCAACUCAGUGGAGGACCAUCGCACCCAUCAUUGGUCGUACUGCAGCCCAGUGUUUGGAAAGAUAUGAGUAUUUGCUGGACCAGGCACAGAAGGGGGAGGAGGAGGACCAGGUGGAUGACCCGAGGAAACUCAAACCAGGAGAGAUUGACCCCAACCCUGAAACGAAACCAGCGCGACCUGACCCCAAGGACAUGGACGAGGACGAGCUGGAGAUGCUGUCGGAGGCGCGGGCACGUCUAGCAAACACGCAGGGCAAGAAGGCUAAGAGGAAGGCUCGGGAGAAGCAGCUGGAGGAGGCACGGCGUCUGGCAGCCCUGCAGAAGCGCCGAGAACUCCGUGCAGCUGGGAUCGACCUGCCGCAGAAGAGGAAGAAGAGAAAGGGCAUUGAUUACAACGAGGAGAUCCCAUUUGAGAAGGUUCCCGCCCAGGGCUUCUACAACACGUCUCUUGAAACUUAUGAGCCCAUGCAGCCCAAUUUCAAACGUCUCCGGCAGCAGCACCUGGACGGGGAGAUGCGCUCGGAAAGGGAGGAGAGGGAGAGGAAGAAGGACAGGCAGAAAUUGAAGGAGAGAAAGGAGCAGGGCGUCCCGUCAAGCGUCUUUGAGAACGGUGGUGAUGCGUCGGCCAGAACCAAGCGCAGUAAAUUGGUGCUGUCGCUGCCGCAGAUCUCCGAGGAUGAGCUGCACCAGGUGGUGAAGCUCGGCAAGGCAUCGGAAGCAGCCCGUGAGCUUGCCGAGGAGGUAGGCGGCAGCGGCAGCGGUGGCGGUGGCUCGGCGUCACAGGCACUGCUUGGCGAAUACACCGUCACCCCAGGGCAGGCUCUCCGCACGCCCCGCACCCCAGCAGACAUGGACCGUGUGUUGCAGGGAGCGCAUGACAUUAUGGCGCUAACCCACGUUGACACUCCACUGAAGGGCGGCGCAAACACCCCCUUAAACGUGCAAGAUUUUGGGGGUAUUGAGCCGAGCAAGGCAAGCGUUCAGACCCCUAACACAAUUCUGGGGACUCCAUUUCGCACCCCACAGGCCGGAUACACCCCUGGACACGCCACCCCCCAGGCCAUGACCCCUCGCGUCCCUAGUAUCCCUGGUUCGACCCCUGGGGCAACACCGAUUAGGGACAAGCUGAGCAUAAAUGAGGAGGGUGCCCUGGUGCCAAUUGAGGACAAGCAGGCCCUUAGGGUGUACCAGAGGGGGGUCAGGGAGGCUUUACAGACAGGCCUUAAGAGUCUGCCAGCCCCCAAGAAUGAUUUUGAGAUUGUGGUGCCAGAUCAGGAGGAGGAGGGUGCCGCGGUGGAGGAAAAUGAAAGUGGAGGUGCUGUAGAGGAUCAGGCAGAUGUGGAUGCAAGGGCACAGGCUGAGGCCCAGGCACAGAGGGAGGCUGAGAUGAAGCGCCGUUCGCAGGCUGUGCAACGUAACCUGCCCAGGCCCCAGGAGGUGAAUGUGUCAGUGCUGCGGCCGAUGCACGCAGAUGCCCACCUCUCGGACCAGCAGAAAGCUGAGGAGCUGAUUAAAAGAGAGAUGGUUUUGAUGCUUCAUUAUGAUGCGCUGCACACCCCAAUGCCGCAUCCCACCAGGAAGGGGAAUAUUGCAGCUGAGGCCAUUCACAGAGACCACUUGGAGAGACACCCCUACAGACUUUACGAGGACGAGGAGCUGGAGGACGCGCGGGUGUUGCUGAGGGAAGAAAUGGGUGUUGUGAAGCAAGGAAUGGGCCACGGCGACCUGACGUUAGAUGCAUACUCUCAGGUCUGGGAGGAGUGUCUGGCGCAAGUGCUGUUCCUGCCAAGCCAAUCCAAGUACACCCGUGCAUCGUUAGCCAGCAAGAAGGACCGCAUUGAGUCCCUGGAGAAGAGGCUGGAGCAGAACAGGCAGCACAUGGCCAAACAAGCUAAAAUUGCCGCUAAAUUGGAAAAGAAACUCAAAAUUCUAAUGGGAGGAUAUCAGGCCCGAGCAGCCUCCCUGUCGGCAAGUCUUCAGGAUUCGGUGAACCAGGUUGAAACAGCACUUCUUGAGCAGUCUACCUUUGCCUUCCUUAAACAAAUGGAGACUGUAGCCAUUCCGCGCCGCCUCGCCACCAUCUCCGAGGACGUGGCCAGGCAGACAGACAGAGAGAGGGAGCUGCAGAGACGUUACGACCUCCUGCAGAGAGAAUUAGAGGGUUUGAAAGUGAGUUCGAAUCCCACCAGCGUUUCCGCCCCUAUCACGUCACCUCCCUUGUGCGUCACCCCGCCCAUCGCUGACGGCAACACUGGUGAGGCUGAGGAAAGGGAUAGUGGGGAUGGUGGUAGUGGGGUUAGUGGUGGUAGUGGUGGUGGUGGUAGGGAGGAGGACGAGGAGGAGGAAGAGGAGGAUGAAGAGGACGAGGAGGAGGAGGAGGAAGAAGAGAUGGAGCGUGAGUGAGUGUUUGUUUGUUUGUUUGUGUUUCUUUAGGGUGGUUUUAGUUGUUUGUUGUGUGAGAGAGAGAGAGAGAGAGAGAGAGAGAGAGAGAGAGAGAGAGAAUCAGUCAUCUAGGGGCCAAAUGUGUGUGUGUGUGUGUGUGUGUGUGUGUGUGUGUGUGUGUGUGUCUGAUUAUAAUUAUACAUAUUUGUGUGUAGUUUUUGGGGUCAGUGGGUCUUGCUGUGUGUGUGUGUGUGUGUGUGUGUGUAAAGAGAGAGAGAGAGAGAUUACAUUAAAAGUGACAUUUUGCUAACAAUAUUCUGAAAGUUAGAUUAUUUAAUGAGAGAGAGAGAGAGAGAGAGAGAAUUAUAAUAGGAGUAAUAGGAAAGGAAGGCAGAAAAUAAGACGAAUGAAGAAAAAAGGUAGAAAAAUAAACAAACAAACAAACAAACAAAAUAACCGUGAAUGUAUUGAAAACGCAAAUUUCUGUAUUUAAAAUUAGAAAAAAAACAAUAAAAAAUUAAAGAAA